CCUGCUUGUCCACUUGUCGCCUGGGAUGUCUUCGCCGCGGCCGCUGAACCCCCACGAGCGGUGCAUCUUCGAGGCCAUUGAGCAGGGCCGCCUUGAAGCCGCCGCACAAAUCUCCCUGGAGCAUGAUGUCCGUCGGUUUGGGCCCUUCUUCUCGUCACUCGCCUCCCUGGUGACCAGUGAGCCCGACGCCAGCUCCGACCCCACACACCCCCUUUUUCUGGCCGCCGCGGACCAGGAGAUCGCCGCCUUCCUCGGACGGCUGUCCGUCUCGGUGGUCCGCAAUCGCAGUGUCCACCAGCAGGCACUCGCUCGAGCUGGCAUCGAACAGAGUCCGAGCACCUCGGUGAGCGUGGCUGCCUUUGAGAACUCCGAUCCCAACGCACAACUCAGCAUGUUGCUGUCGGCUCUGCAGGGCUUCCAGGAUGCUCGCCGCCCAGCAGCCGCGGCCGCCUCACUGCGUGACCUUUUCGAGCCCGCCUGGCUAGCGCACCCGGUGGGCGCACGCCUCGGCCUUUGGGCCGCCCUCGCUGGCGAUGAUACCGUCCUCCGGCCCCUGGUGGACCUGGCACUGACACUCUUGACGGAGGAGCAAGCAUUCCAUCUCCUGGCCUCUUACACUGGGGCCUUCCCUGCCGCACUGGCCGAGCUGGUCGAUCUUCUGGCCGCGGUGUGCUGCGCGACCGACACCCCCCACGCGCCGGACACCGAAGGCAGGGCCUUUGUCCUGCUGCUGCGCCUUUGCCACUCGGCACCCUUGCACCAUGUGUCACGCGCACGCGAUGCCCUCUUCCGCCAGCAUCCUGCCUGGUCCCUGGACCUGCAGAGCGUCCUGUCUGGCGCCGGGGCCGAGCCCUCCCGGCCGGACCCAUCGGGUGUUGCGGCCAUGGCCGGCGACCUGCGCGGCCUGCUCCUGAGCGACAUGGAAUUCGUGUCCUUCCUGUCGGUCUUCCAGCCAGACCGCCUGCUGGACCGCCGCCUCGACCUGACGGCCGGGGCCAGUGUUCCCCAACUUACCCACCAUACUGGGGCCUCCUUGCCGACGCUGAUCCGCCUGCAGGCGGUCGUCCAUGCGGUGCUCUUUGCCCAGCAGCCCUGUGACUUGGGCCUUCACGAGCUACAGGCAUGCCUGGAAGCCGGCGGCCGUCUCGGCGAGCUGGCCGCCGGACUGUUGCUCCUGCUUCCCGAUCUCCCGGGCCAGGAGGCCCUCCAGCCGUUGGGGGAAUCGCUGGCUCGCGUGCUGGCGGCCUCCUCCCCGGCGGCAUGCGCCUACAUGCCGCUGCUGCUGUCCCGCCAGUCGGAGGUGUCGCCCACGGAUGUGGGCCAGCUGCUGGCCGGCUUCCAGCUGGACCUGCCGGCCGAGGUGCAUGAUACCGCCCAGCAGACCUUCGCGUCUGCCGGGGCCGGGGAUCGGCUGGCCGGCCGGCCUCCCCUCACGCGGCCCGGCACCGGAGCACAGGCUCCCGCCCUCGGGCGCUCGGGCCCGAGCCACCUGCUUGGCGCGGCGUCGGCUGAGCAUCUGGUUUUGGCCGCGGCCGCGGCUCUGGCCCGGGCACGCGCCACCCACUCGCACAUGUCCCUCCUGUCGGUGCUGGCCGGGCAGCUGGACACCUGUGUCCAGGCCUGGCGACAAACCGCCGCCACCGCCGGCGACAUGGCCCUGGCCUUGCGCCUGCUGCUGCUGGAUUGCCCCGACGUGGCGCCGGCCGAGUGGACAGACUGGCUGCUGGCCGGGCUGCAAUCGGCCUCGACCCCGGGGCUGUUGCCCUUUUUCGAGGCCUACAUCGAGCAGUCCCUGCGUCGGGCGCCGGCCGACUUUGCUCCCCCCUCGGAGACGGCCCUGCUGGGCCUGGCGCAGCAGCCCCUGUCGACCGCCCUGCCGGCUGUGGUUUUCCCGCUGAUGUGGAAUGAGCGCCUGCAGAAGUUCGCCGCCACCCUGGCGCCGGCGGCCUCGCCCGAUGCCCAGCACCCGAGUGGGCUGCUGCUCGAGCGUGACAAGGCCGAGCUCCUGUAUUCGGCCGACUUCCUGUCCACCCUGCCGGUGGAGCUGCUCUUGGCCCAGUACGCCACACAGGCCCCGGGCGGCGGCGGCGGCGGCGGCGACGGCCGCGGCGGCCACGACGGCGGCAGCAGCCACGGAAUUGGCGGGGCUGCCGGGCCUGCGGCCCCGGGACAGGCCCUUCCCUCGGCCGGGCUCCUGGGCCUCGGGGCCACUGUUCCCCUGCCCGCGCGCGGGCUCACCUAUGCACACCUGGCCCAUUUGCUGCCGCAUUGCCAGCUGUCCGAGGAGCAGGCCUUGCGCGAGGUCUCCCUGCGCCUGCGCUCCCUUUGGCAGAAUGCCUUCGACCCGGUGCUGUCCAGCCUGGGCUCGGAUUUGGACUCGGCCAUUGACCAUGUGCUCUUUGACGGCCGGUCGACCUGGGGCGAGCUUUCCGCCGCCGGCCCCGGGGCCAGCCCCCCUGGCGGGCCCGAUGGUGGUCCCUCCCCCGGCAGGGCGACCCCCACGCAGGCCGGCAUCGCCUCCUCGCCCGUGUGCCCCCUUUCGCCUGACGACCGAGUGCUGCUGACCCUGCUGGCGCUGGUGGCCGGGGACCAGGAUUUCCUCCAGGCCACCGAGCGCGGGGCCGGGCAUUCGACCCCCGGCGGCCUGGGGGCGGCGGCCCACCCGCGCGGCCUCCAGCGGCUGGCCCUCGGCGGGCAGGCAGCCGCCGGGGCCCUCUCGGCCGAGGUGUGGGCCCGGCGGCGCCUCCGGCCCUGGCUCGAUGCCAAUCCCGGGCCCCUGGACCCGGGGCUGCCGUACCCCGUGCAGCUGGCCUUCAUCCGGGGGUGGGUUCUCUUCGGCCUGGAGGACUUGCGCUUGGCCACCGGGCUUGGGCAGCUGGACUCCCUGUGCACGGGCCUGGCACUGGGGCUGCGCUGGCUGGCCGGUGCCUUGGCAUCGGGGACCGGUGUCGCCGGUGGCCCCGGCGGCCCCGGAUGCCACAUGCUGCUGGAAUGCCCCGGCCCAUCGGGCGUCGCGCAUGACUUACCCCCGGCGGACCGUCUCUACACGGGCCUGGCCCCCGGGGCGGGGGCCGGGCGCGCGCGCCUUCCCCCCCAGGCCGAUGAUAUGGAGGGCGCUUUCUCCUCGCUGCUGGCUGGCCAGGCCCUGGCCGAGGCUUUUGCCCUGGAUGUGGUCGAGCUCUUUGCCCAGUCGAUCAAUGAGCUGCUCGACGAGGCAACCCUGGCUCCGGAUGCCGUGCGCCUCAAGCUCCCGAUCUUGGACCGCUUGGCGCCGUAUGUCAGUCGCCUGUGGAAGAUGUCCGUUCGGCAGAGUGACGCUUCGGCUGGAGCUCGGCUGAUCAAGGUGCUCCGGCCGCCGAUGGACAUUCUCCAAGGUGCAAUGGUGUGGGAAAAGAUUUUCUCCGGCUACCUGGAAGCAUGUCGCGUGCACAUCGACAACACCUACUCGGAAGUCCGCCAGCGGUCGGUGGGCACCGACAAGUCGCACCUGACCACCAUCUCCGAAGCCUCGGCCGCCCUUUUCCGCACCACAGUCACCGCCGCGGCACACAUCCUCCUGGAGCUUGGCACCACCAAGGCCUGGGAGACCCUGCUCCCGGGGGCGGUCGGCCAGCUGGAUGUGCACGAACUCCUCCCGCUGCCGCAGAUUCGCCAGGUGGCCGGGCGGCGGCUCAACGAGCUGCUCAUCCUCUAUCCGGACCUGGCCGAAGGCCUGCACGCCGGCCAAGGCGUUCCGCACGCCGGCGGCAUGUGGGCUGUACGCCACGUGCCAGCCAUGCAUUGCUGCUUCGCCGUCAUCCCCCGGAUGCUAGACCCACGCGUGAGUAGCCCCCGGCGACAGGCAUUUGCCGUGCAGAUGUCCGCCAUCUUGGCACGCAAGUGGCCCCUGCCCAACUGGCUUCCCCUGGCACGGUCAAUCUUCACACCGGGGAACCUCUUCUCUCGCUCGGACCCGGCCUGGGCCAAGGCUCGCCUGGCGCGCGAUGUGGCCGGCCUGCUCGACGCGACGGGCGGGUCGCUCACCGCCAAUGCCCUCUUCCUUGCCGCCAGCCUUGGCUUGCACUCGGAUGACUGCCCCACCCUGCUAGACAGCGCCUGGAAGCAGCUGGACCCCCUGGUACCGGAUGCGGCCUUUUCGGUGGACGAGCCCGAUGACGCAUGA